AUGCGCUCGAGCGCGGCGCUCCAAGGCACCACCGCGAUCACGUCUCCGCGACCGAUCGCCGGUAAGCGCGGCGCCAACGCGCGCGUCGCCCCGGUCGUCCCGCGCGCGGCGGCGAUCGAUGCGGUCACCUUUGACGGCGCGAAAUCGUCCGCCGCCACGCUCGAGCUCAAGACCGCGCGCGCGGAGGUGGCGAGAGGGUUGGUGCAUAAAUACGUCGUCAUGGUUCGACAGAAUGCUCGCAGGGGCACGGCGAGCACGCUCACGAAGAGCGAAGUGCGAGGGGGCGGGAGAAAGCCGUUCAAGCAAAAGGGUACGGGUAACGCGCGCGCCGGUUCGAGCCGAACGCCGCUCAAGCCGGGCGGAGGCGUGUCGUUCGGGCCGAAGCCGCGCGACUGGUCGAUUAAGAUGAACAAGAAGGAGCGUCGAUUGGCGAUGGCGACCGCGUUGCAAUCGGCGGCGAGCGCGAUGAUUGUCGUUGAUGAUAUCUCGGGUAACAUCUCCGCCCCGGGCACGAACGCGUUCAACAAGUCUUUGAUGGCGUGGGGCGUCGGCGCCUCGGAGAAGGCGUACGUCAUCACCAAGGACGCCAACGAAAACGUCGCGAAGAGCGCGCGGAACAUUGAGCGCGUCGUGCAGACGGACGUCUCGCACUUGAACGUGUACGACAUCUUGAACGCGGAUAAGGUCAUCGUGGAAGCGUCGGCGUUGGCGCACAUUUCCUCCUUUUUCGGCGAGAACGGCGCCGCGUGGGAAUAG